AUGUCUGACAGUCAGAAAGCCCUCCUCUGCCAUACUGUUGCCUUUGAUAUCACUGGAAACUGGUUUCACUCCGCUGUCAGUGCUUUUGUGCUGGUCAACGCAAUAUGGGUGUAUAAUCUAGUCAUUGUUCAAAUACCUCAUGGGCCGGUAAUGUUUGCUUUAAGUAUCAAGACUUUAAACUAUAUUUUGACAUCCAUCCAAAGCAUACUGUGUGAAUGUCGUUUUCCAAAGACUGGACACACAGAAGAAACUGUGUCUGAAAACAGGACGCAUGCAGGACACAAUGCCUCCAUCUUUUUAUAUGCGUGA